GUUUGCAACUACUCGACAUCUAUAUAUAUUUUAAAUAUAUCAAUUAUUUAUUUUCACGCUCAUUCCACCGAAAAUGUUCAACGGAGACGAUGAUUUCCCAAUGGGCGCUAUGCACAGUUUUGGACAAAUGCACCAACAAAUGAUGUCAGACAUGAAUAUGAUGACGGGCGGUAUGCUACGAAAUAUGGGAAUGGGCGGCCCAAUGUUUGGCGGGCUUAUGGUCCCAAGCCCAUUUGGAGCAAUUACUGAUGGAAGUGGACAGCAGCCGAGUCGCCGACGCCAAGAGCUCGAGAUGAAUCCGUUUGCUCCGUUUGGAGGACUAUUGGGUGGUCUCGGUGGAAUGGGAAUGAUGAUGCCACCGCCAGGACAGGGUGCCAAUAUGUACAUGAGCUCAAGUGUAAUGACAAUCGGACCCGACGGAAAGCCACGUGUCGAGCAGCAGACUGUCAGGCGACAUGGUGACGUCACAGAGACUAAAAGACGCGUCGACAAAAAUGGCGAAUCGUCAAUGUCAAUCGGACACUCGAUUGGAGAUCGUUCGCAUUUUAUUGACAAGAAACGGGAUCGCGAAGGAAAUGUUCGGAAACAACAGAGAUUCCAGAAUUUGGAUGAAGCCAGCGCCGAAGCAUUCGACCGUGAAUUCUCGUCUCGAGUUCGCCAGGGUUACGGUAGUGGCUCCAGGAGCAGCAACCUAAGAGAAAUCGAUAAUGGACUAUCAUCAUCGAGAAGAUCACCGUUUGGUGGAGCUGGAGCAUCAUCGUCGAGCCGUCGAAUGGAGAGCCGUGGAGCAAGUCGUGGAGCUCCAAUUGUCACUUUGCCAGAGGAAGAAGAAACUGCUCACUCCCGCUCCUCAACAUCUCACCGUGUCGGCGGCCCACUAAUCCGUGAAAUAAGCGAAGAAGAAGCCGAACAGGCAGCCUCAUCAAUCCCAAAAAGACGUCGCGGACAGCAAUAAUUUCUCUCUUUUUUUUUUGCCAAAAUUUUAUCCACUUUCCCCCAAAAAAAUUCAUCUCAAAUUGAGAUUUUUUCCAGCCGCCACCUACGCAAACAUUUUUCUUCUUUCUUUAAAAAUCAGGAAUUUUCUGUACAUUUCCCAGGUCUCACCACGAUAAAUUUUAGGGUCAUGUACCUUUAAAAUCGUUGCGAGACCCCUCUCUUUCGCUCCCCGCCAAAAAAAAACACGAAAAUUGAAUCUUGUGAUUAGUGAAAUAAAAUCGUUGUGAAA